CGAAACUUAUAAAAGCUCGGCCUCGACGAGGCCCCGAAUUUAGUCGGGUUCUCGGGAGCUCGUUGCCGUCCUCGUCAACGAGAUCAAAUUCUUCUCGAACUUCUGCUCAUUCCGGAUCAUCGACUUUCCCGGCAGAAGCAUCCUUCGCGCACAGAAAUAAUGAAUCGACGGACCAAGGCGCUCCAGAUUUUUUGCACUCUCGCUUGCAUGGUCGUCAGCUUCUCGGGGAAAUCGAACGGAGCGCCGGUAAGUUCCGAUGAACCAGCCGACCGUACCGCUCCCGUCGUCGCUGACAGCACUCCUGGAAGUUCGACUCCGUUGGUUGCACAAGUGGGAUACCUGGAGGACAGAAAAGACGUGAAAACUGGUGAGAAUGCGGGAGUUCCGAGCAGCGAUGCCGCUAACGGAAUUUUAGUGCCGGUCGUAUCGGUCGUGAAUCCUCAAGAUUCUGCAGCGAAAGCCCCGAAUCCUUUGGUCGCUUUAUUGCCAGCUCCACCGCAGACAAAGCUGUCGAGCGAUGCGGAAAAGCCUCCGGUCAUCACGACUCUCCCCAUCGUUCCGAUAUUCGAUCAGGCAGAAUCUGCUCCGAAGCCAGAGCAGAUCCGGUCUCCUCGCGACGCGUUAACACGGACGCCAAGGAGCACCAGCCUUUCUCACAACGCCGAUUCCUCCGAGACGAUGGACGUCGCAGAAGACAUCGUGUUUAGACCUCUCUUCAGAAUCCGUCAGAAUGCUCCAAGAAACUCGCCGUACUCGGCUAACAAUUUGCGCAGGCAAAACGCCCUUCGACGUUACAAUGUCAACGGUUAUUAUCGACUGCCCUAUCAACAGCCUCGUUACACAAAUUAUAACUCCGAUUAUGACAACGAUAGUUGAGGAGUUUCGGUACAGUCGAUACAAUGUUGUCGUGCUAAGCCAUGUUAAGAACAUAAAAAAAUUCAAAGAGUUCAGAAUUUUAUAAAAUUUGGUGAACACGUUAUUUAGUACCAAAUUCGACAGUACAUAUUCUUUUUAGAUUUUUCUUCUGCACCGUUAUCGAGUUAUUGAACUCGAAAGAUCACGUGUAUGAGCAUAGCGUUUUAAUAUAUGUAAGUAUACAUUCCGGGCAUAAGAACUUUGCUUUAAGGAAGUUGAGGCUGUACAAUCAUUUUUUUUACCCAAAAGUUAUGACCUGUACCUUUCAAAAGUUAGACCAGUUUACAGU